AUGAAGAAAGUGGUACUGGUGACCGGCGCUUCCGGUUUCUUAGGCGGCAGGCUUUGCCACGCGCUUCUCGACCAAGGCUACACCGUCAAGGCCUUCAUCCGCAAGACCAGCGACAUCUCCGCCUUGCCUCGGCCUAACGACGGGGACGGAUCUCUCCAGCUCGCCUACGGCGACGUCACCGACUACCCAUCGCUUCUGGAAGCAUUCUCCGGCUGCCACACCAUCUUUCACGCUGCCGCGCUUGUCGAGCCCUGGAUUCCUGACCCCUCCAGAUUCUCGUCAGUUAAUAUUGGCGGAUUGAAGAACGUGUUGAAGGCAUAUAAGGAGACACCAACAGUCGAGAAGAUCAUCUACACGUCGUCGUUUUUUGCAUUGGGAUCGACUGAUGGGUCUGUUGGGGAUGAGAAACAAGUACAUUCUGCCAAACAUUUUUGUACUGAGUAUGAGAAAUCAAAGGCUGUAGCUGACAAGAUAGCAUUGGAAGCUGCAUCCGCCGGAGUGCCAAUAGUGCCGGUAUAUCCUGGAGUUAUAUACGGUCCGGGCAAAGUCACAACUGGAAAUAUGGUAGCCCUUUUGCUUGUGGAACGCUUUAAUGGACGGCUCCCAGGUUACAUGGGCCAAGAAAACGGCUUUUCUUUCUGCCAUGUGGAUGAUGUGGUGCAGGGCCACCUUGCAGCUAUGAACAAAGGCCGGCCGGGUGAAAGAUAUCUUCUGACAGGAGAAAAUGCAUCUUUCAAAGAUACGGUUGACGUUCUCAGACAUCAGUGGGCGUACUCUUGCGAGAAGGCAAAGUUGGAGCUGGAUUACAACCCUAGAAGUCUGAGAGAAGGUCUUUCAGAGAUGCUUCCCUGGAUGAAGAGCUUAGGCUUGAUCAAAUAUUAG